AUGAGGUUGCGUAGACUGUGCGAACAAAAGCCUAAAACAAAGAAGUGUCAUGUGGAUGAAAAGACCCGCGAGCAGUACGUUCGUGGAGGAGAGGACCGAGAAUGGCUUGAGAUCGCGCUGGUCGAAGCACUCCAAAAAGUUGGACCCGACAGAUCUCAGCACAAGAAACUGAAAGCUGAGUUUAAGGCUCGGGUUAUUCUGGUGCGAGAGCGGAUGGAAACGAAAGAGCAGGAAGUUACUGGACAAUGGCUCACUGAGGAGAAAAUGGUCAAGUCUGGCGACUAUUCUCCGGAGACAAUCAAGAAGGUGAUCGCUUAUUGCUCUCGCUUUCCUGCAGCUUUGGUGAGGUCGUGGAAGUACGACACCAAUGUCAAAGAGUAUUUCGUUGAGAUGAGCACCAAACAAACCAUUCGCAGCUCUGAGAUGUACAAGCAGCAGGAGACAUGCGAAGCAGGAGACUCUUUGCAGCAAGCAUUCCACAGCCAGAGUAGGCCAGCCGCUCAACCUGAGAUGGGCAGGGUCCCAACAUGUCUCAACCCAAGGUGA